AUGGAGAAGUCCAAUGAAACCACAGUGACAUAUUUCAUUAUUACAGGGAUUUCUGAGUCUCCACUAUUGCAGGCUCCAAUUUUCCUUCUAGUCCUGCUACUUUAUCUUGUCACUCUUGGAGGAAACAUUAUUAUUGUCCUUCUGGUCUGCCUUGACCAUCAUCUACACACUCCUAUGUACUACUUCUUGUGUCACUUAUCAGCAUUGGACGUGUGUUGCUCUACUGUUACUCUUCAUAGAAUUUUAUUUACCUUUGUGACAGGUGAAAGAACUAUUUCAUAUUCAACUUGCAUAGCACAUAUGUAUUUUUUUGGAAGCUUUAUUUGUGAUGAACUACUCUUUCUAACAGCCAUGAGUUAUGAUCGAUAUGUGGCCAUUUGUAAUCCACUGAGAUAUACACAGGUGAUAAACUGGACAUUUUGUAUCCUGUUGUCCAUUUUUUGCUGGAUUUUGGGGUUCCUAGAAACCAUUCCAUUUAUUGUAUUGUUGUCAAGUGUCACCUGUUACAAAUCUAAGAUAAUCAACCACUUCUUCUGUGACAUAGUACAAGUCUUCAAACUCUCCUGUAGUGACACUUCCAUUUUUGAAAUUGUUCUCAUUACUGAAGGGUUGGUACUUCUGUGUCUCCUCCCUUUUAUUUUGAAAUGUACAUCUUAUGUUUUCAUCAUAGGUACAAUCAUGAAGAUCCGCUCCAGAGUUGGCAGACGUAAAGCCUUCUACACAUGUUCCUCACACCUCACAGUAGUCAUUCUACUCUACGCAACUCUAUCUUACCAAUACCUAAGACCUGUACCCCCAGAUGAUUUAGAUUACAGCAAAUUAUUCUCUCUGUUUAAUACAGCAGCUCUACCCAUAUUAAACCCUUUGAUUUACAGUUUCAGAAAUAAAGAUGUGAAAUCUGCAUUCAGAAGGCAGGUAAAAUAUUUAACCAAUUGCCCAUAGAUUACGUGAUUGACUGCAAGUUGUUAUACUGGGAUUAUGGCUACAGAUGUCAGCCUGGUAUUGUUUUUUUUAAAGCCGGUGAUGCUCUUACAAGAAAAAGCAAUCCUAGCGGCUAAUUAACUGCUGGAUUGCUUUCACA